UGCCAUGUCCGGACUGCAGAGAUUUAGGAGCUCGGUUAGAGGAGGAGGAGGAGAAGAAGAAGAAGGAGGGAUGUUUGGACGGGUUAUGGUGUAAUUUUCUCAACUUUGGGUCGCUUGGGACUUUUUUAAAAACAACCCAAGUUUGUUUUUGUUGAUGUUUGUGAUGGAAAGCGGACGAGUUGGAACGCUGUAACGCCGCCGGAAACGGUUUUGUUUUGUCGUAAUUCUGUCGCGGUUAUGUUUACGGUCUGGUGAGCGUUAACCGGAAGUGUGUGGUUGUUUUUUUUUAUUAUUAAUAUUAUUACUAAUACUAAUAAUUCGGUGUCGUGAGUGAGCCAUGAACGGGAAGUCGGCGAACGGGGCGGCGGGUGGAGCUCCGGCCUGUAUUGAGGGUCUCCCGCCGCUGCCGAAGAGCCUGAGCGGCCUCCUGAACUCGAGCGGCGGGUCGUGGAGGGAGAUCGAGCGGAUGCACGCCAAGAAGGCCAUGAUCCAGGACGACCUGAGGAGAGGAGCGGCUCCGGUGGACCGGGCUCUCGCCACCAAACCGGCCAACCUGGACGCGGCCCUGGCUCUGCUCCGGAAAGAGAUGGUGGGGUUGCGACAGCAGGACAUGUCCCUCCUGUGCCAGCUCUGGUCCCUGCACGAGUCCAUCCAGGAGUACAAGGGCAGCUGUCAGGAGGCCGGCCCGGGGACCGACGCCAUGGACAACGGCUUCUUCGACGAGGACGACGAGUUCUACACGGACUCUGGCGUCACGCCUACCGAAACCCCGGAGGAGAGCGAGACCUCACCGGCGCGCAACGGGACAUCCGGGGACACAUGGCUGCACGAGUCGUUCCGCAUCGUGAUAUGAGCCUCGAAUUUUGUCAGAUUAAGGGGCGGAGCUGUUUAUGACGCUGCUUCGUUUUUUUUUUUUUAAUUGCCAGCAGACUUUUUUUUGUUUUCUAUAGAAGUAUACGCCGAGAUUAUUUAUUAAUUAUAUAAUACAGAAUAUAUCCGUUUUUCUGGACAUUUUCCAAUUUUAUAGGACUUUAUAUGAGCAAGGGGGCGGGGCAUAUCUAUAGUAUUUGCAUUUCCGCUUGAAUUUGUCGCCACGCUCUCGUUUUUUCCAGGCUGAAUUCUGACCCGAGGCAAAUUUCAUGACGUCGGAAAUCCAGCAGCCGGGUUUCUGAGAUCAGCCGAGUCCUGAGGCGACGCGAGUAAAGAUGAAUAUGUUGCUGGAAAGAGGAAACACUACCUGCGUUCAUUGACGUACAUCUCGUUGAAAUAUAUCAUUUGGCUUGAAGAGCUUGAGAACCUCCAGGACCAGACAGUGUCAUAUAUAUGAAAUCAUCCGCUUUUCCAGAACGUUCCAGUAGAAAACUGUACACGAGACUAAUGAACCUAAGUUAUGCAUAUUAAUAAGGGUGCUAGAGUGAAGUCUUCCAGGGUUUGGAUGUCGGAGGAGGAAUUAGCGCAUGACGCCUUAAUCGUAUCACUUAUAUAUACGAAUAUCAAUCCACGUAUGAGGUAUCAGUCAUGAUUUGAUACAAACACGCAAACCAAAGACGAAUGCUCUGUUUCUAACGCAGCAUGUGUUUGUUUCUACUUCUUUAUAACGGAGCUGGGCGAUGAAUCAAAACGCCGACCGGAAUCUAGCGUCGUUUAUUUGAUAGAUAAAUUUCUCUGCUAGCGAUGGAUGGAUAUUCUGGAGAACCCUUUCUCUGUGAGAUCUUUACUGGAUCGCGACCUUGUUGUGGCUCUGUCGAGUCUCAUGAGGAAGAAAUAAAAACGAUGACGGUUAAAGCCGAAACGUAGACGAGAAAGCAGUCGGCUUUGCUUCGGAGGGAGAAAAGUAAUCCGUCGUGAACCGUUUUUCUCCCAGCGCAAGGCCAUCCUUAAAAAAAAAUCCGUUUCCUGUCCACCGGGUGAGCAAAAAAAUUUUCAGUCGGGAGGGAGGGAUUUUUUUUUUUUAAAUAUAUGGAUGGAUAAGAUAUCGCAAUGCUGUGUUUUGCUUUUUCUUUCAGUACUUUUUUAUUACAAAAGCAGACACAUUUAAAAUAUGACGGUUUAAUCAACUGAAACUUGUACAAAAACUUUAAGUUAGCAUUUUAAAUGCUGACUGCAACAUUUGCAAAACUUUUACAAAGGUACUUAAAAUGUCCGGCACACGGACUUUUUGUAGUUCUAAAUCGAGCGUUAGGCCGAGUUCGGAUGAAAUUACACUAUUAAAAUGAUCACUGAAUGAUUUGUUUUUCUGAAUCUUUACUGUUUUGGUGUUCGCUAGAAUACCAUUUUGCGAUUUCACACUUAAGCAAAUGUUUGAAAACUCCGGAUCUCCUUCCUUCAUGGUGGCUGCCAUUUUUUUGUGCCGCACGGCGCAUGCGCAGAGCUGAUUCGACAGGGCUUUCCACAAGCGCCGGCUGCCGGGCAGACAGCCGACUACACAAUUAAGUCCAGCCGGCUACUUUAAUGACUAUUAUUUUUGUAGCCCACAGGCUCUAAAUAUUAAUUUUUUAUUUUAAUAAAAUUAAAUGUUUAUCUAACGGACUGACAAUAAUGUCAAACUGAACCGCACUCAUUUAAGUUGUGAUUCGCGCUGUUUGUACCGAUGAUAACCACAAAUUCCCCGCCGACUUCGUUGAUCAGGGGAGAGUAACUCAUCCGCGGCCCCGACAUGCGGUGUGCGCGCGCACUCGGCGGAGGCAGUAGUGUGUCGGAGGGAACAGAAGCAGAGAUGACGCUUAUUUUGUCUCCGGUAAACCAGUCUUCUCUCGUUCAAUUACGUGCUGGCAUCAAAAGACACCGUUGGUUGUAAAUGAAGCCAAACUGAGUGGUUGGAGUGUAUUUUCAUACACAAAUGGAGAAAUGUUCGCCGAGUGUGUAAUUGUGUAGCCCCACUGCAGACCGCUGUCGUUGUUAAUUCAUAGCAUGCUCAGCUGCGUGAAUGUGUCAUGCACCGAAAAUAAGAGAUUUGCAAGCCAGGAACGCCUCAUGAUGCAAUACGCAAGAAAAGAAAGAUGAUUUACUGCCAUUUUACUUUGUAUUUGAGUAAAGUGAAUAAAUAAAUGGUCUGUGGAAAAUACAUUUAAUCCUGGGAACUGCGUGCACAGGAGUUUUUGUGUUUACUCCCCCCCGGCUGGCUACUUAUUUGUCAUGGCUGGCUAGUACGAGCCUUAGUGGAAAGCCCUGGGAAUGCGGAAAUGUCAAGUUCGAGUUUAGAUUUACGAACCCGAAAAAAAAAAAUGUCAAAACCGGCGUUUAAAAAAAAAAUUUCAACCGCACAAACGGCACUCACCCGGCCGGUGGACCGGAAACAGAACAUUUUUUAAUAAUGGCCCAACGUUUUAAAUCUAUGUGGAAUCUAAACAAGUCCCGCCUCUUCUGUGCACUGGCUGAACCAAUCACCAAUCGGAAUUGAUCGUAAAUACGGACAAAGGAAUCCUGUAUUGUAAUUUUGUUUUAUCGCCCAGCUCUUAUCAGAAAAGUAUUGUUAAUUGUGUUUUGCUUAUUAGGACCAAUUCAGUUCCUAAUCUUAUUCUAUCAGCGUUCAGUGCCGCGUGAGCAGGCAUGUGCUGAUGAAACGUUUUAAGCGUCACCCUUUUGUUACGUCGAUUUAUCACGCGUUCGUUCUUAUAACAUGGUUUAAUCUGGUUUAAUGUUACUGUCUGUGUCUCUCAUAUCACGCUUCAAGUGCAGAGAAUCGAGUACUUUAUAUUUAGAUUAUGAUUCUUUUUAUUGAAAGAAAAAAAAUCACCAUGAAGUUGUUUGUUGUGUUUGGUAAACACAUUUAAGAUGACAUGAAGCUGAAAACGUUAUAUUUUUUAAAACAAAUAAAAUCACAAGAAGUGAAUGUUUCAUUAUUAAAUGUAAUAUUUCAGAUUUAUUAUUUAUUAAAUUUUUUUUUUAGAUUGUUUUUGGAUCAUGUUCUCUGUCGAGGCUAAAAAAAAACUGAAAUACAAAUAAUUGACGUCACAAGAAGAUUAGAAGCUUGCAGAAUUUUCUCUUGUUUGCAUAGUGAUGCUUCAGAUUUAUUUUUUUUUUAAGUUGCGUUAUGGGUGUUUUUUUUUUUUUAAAUCAAAUCCACGAUCGAAGCUUGAAAUAAAAUAAAAAAAAUGAAUACAUUUGACAUGAAAUCACUCAGUGGAAGGUGGGAAACUCUGACAAUUUUUUUUUUCCCGUUUUUAUUAACAUUUUAUGGGGGGGGAAGGGGGUUCAGCUUUUUGGGGUUUUUUUGGGUUGUAAUUAAAAAAAAAAGCUAAGGAGCUUGCAAAAAUUUCUCAAGUGUAUGAAAUAAUUCAGAAUUUUUUUUUUUUUUUUUUAGAAAUUAUUUUGGUUCAUUAUUUAUCUGAUGUGUACGUAAUGUCAUGCAGUUUUUUGUUUUGUUUUGUUUUUUAUUUUCAAUUCGGCAUAAACGUCUAAAACGUUUUGUCAGCAUCGAAACCGAGCUUGUAAACUUGAUCUGCGAAGAUGGACAUUUGCAGAUUAAAAACUGCAUUCAAAAGCAAACCAUACGGUCCAGUCUCCAUUUUUGAUGACGCGUUACGAGAUAUUUGGGACAUCGGAAAUAUUAGCGUGUUUAAAUAUCGCGAAAACGAUUAUCAGCACAUGCCUGACGGUAAACGCGGAGGACUCUUGCGUUAAUCGAUUUCUUUCGUACUGUUCCACGCGUCCAGCCGUUGUCAGUGUUUUGACUGAACUCUGUUCACGUAGCUAGCUAUGAUGUAGCUAUGAAAUCAUGUUUUGAAGGGUUAUGGACCACUUGGUGCCUUUUCCAGGCCUGGUUUCAAUCCCAGGCUUUUCUGCUGAAGCUUCUGGAUUUGCAGACUCAAUUCUGAUAUCUGUAAUCACACAUUUUCCCAAUUCCGAAAUUCCCAGCGAAUGUGUUCUCGGCAGUGGAAUUGUACUGUACGAUGUGUUGUGUGGUGGUGGUUUGGUGUUUCAUGAGUUCAGCUACGUCUGUUCUUUUUCCCAGAAAACAUUUAUCCAGAGGAAAACUUGCACGUGUGCAUCUUAUACAGUGACCUCACUACUGGAUGUUUAGUGGAAAGUUUUUGUUUUGUUUUUUUUAAAUCCUUUUUUAUUAUUAUUAUUAUUAUUAUUAUUAUUAUUAUUAAAGCAAUUUAUACCCCA